AUGGUGUUUGUUGUCAAGUUCUUAGGGUGGAAGAAAAGAUUUGGUUAUCCCCUUGGUAUUAUUGUGGGGGCAUUCCCUUCACAAUCUCAACAUUUCCAAGAGUUAAUGCUCAAAAGAAAGCAUAGCAUUCCAGCAGCAAUUGUCGAUUACCCUACGGAGAAGGGUGAAGGAAUAAGGGGAAGACAUUUUCAACAAGCAAUCACCAUAGAUCCAGAAGGGUCAGCAGAUCACGAUGAUGCUCUAACAUGUGCAGUCAACGUGAGGGGAGACAAGAAGAUAUACACUGUGGGAGUUCACAUUACUGACUUGUCCUCCAUUGUUAAAAAGGGCAGCGAAUUGGACGAACAAGCUAAAGAAAGGGGCUGCACUGUUUAUGAUGCUCCUGACAGCAUAAGCAGCCCAAUGUUCCCCGCCAGAGUCUUAGCAAAGGGGAGCAUUCACCCUGGCAGGAGAGUCAACUCCUUUUCCGUUCUUACUGACUUCAUUGUGUCAGACAAAGGAAUGAAAACCGAAUCUAUUGAGCUGGCAAGUUUCCGAAUAUUGGAGAGCAGUGUUACCUCAUGUGCUGAACUUACAUACAAAGAAGCACAAGAACUCAUCAUAGGAGAUGAAACUAGCUACUCCCAAUCCCUAAUAGGCAAGAUACAGAAAUACAAUUCUUCUGGACCAGUUCUUGCUUUGAAAGAGCUAACAAGGUGUCUGUGGAAGUUUGCCUGGUUCCUUCGAAGGAAGAGACUGAAGGAAGCAGCACUGGCCUUCACAGUAAGAGAGGUGGACCAACUCAAGAAUCCAGAAGCUCACUAUCUGGUUGAGGAACUCAUGAUAAAUGCAAACACACAAGUUGCCAAGAAACUAAGCAGAGAGUUCAAAAAUAAGACAAUCCUACGAUCACAGAAGCCUCCCAAUAGAAAAGAUUUAGAGCAGUUUGCCAAAAGCUACAAGAGAGCACUUCCCCUUUCAGCCAGCUGUAAGGUUCUCUUUCCAAACCCACCAAUCGUUACUACCUCUACUCCACUAGCCAUGCUACGAUCACAGCAUACACUCUUGCUAGAUAAUUUGAGAAGAGAAAGGUUAGUGGAUGUAAUGCACUGUGUGCAAAUGGAGCACCUGCAUCCUCAACUGGUGGCUCUCCAGUCUCGACUGAGAUCCCUACAGUCACCAGCAGAGUACUGUGUCCUCAGAAGAGGUGACACAACUGGUGGAGGCCACUCUGAUCUCCAGUGUACCCACUACACUCACUUUACCUCACCUCUGAGGCGCUACAUUGAUGUCAUUAUACAACGCCAGCUUCACGCAGCACUGAACCACAGGCCCAAUGUAUACAAUGCUGAUGAACUCAGAUGCCUGUGUGAAUCCACACAAAACAUGCUAAAGAAAGCCAACCAGUAUGAAAGAGAUGUCGAAUCUCUACGAUUUUUGAAGAAUCUCAUGACAAGUCAGGUGAUGUACGAUUGUGUCAUCUCUGAAAUGGACAUCAAGCAACAGAAAUUUUCCCUCUGCUUUACCGACGUUGAACUUCGUCUUGGUCCAAAAGCAAGAGAAAUCACAACACAGCAGCUUCAGAGAAACUACUCUACAGUAAAGAUGGGGUCUGCAGAGUUAGAGCCCAAAAUGCCGUAUCAGUGGAAAGUGAAGCUGUGCUCAAUGAAUGGUACGCCUGCCAGGUUCCUAGACCCUGAAAAGGUUGAAAUAUGCCCUAGACCAGAUGAAAAUGCCCAACUGAGCCAACUAAGCUUCUAUUCACCUGACGAGUUCAAAUGUCUUGUAAAGAAAACAGUCAAUAUCAUGAUCAAAAGCAAUGUGGUAGCAAUCCCCACUAAGACUUGGAAGAUGUUGCAAAAGUGCACAAUGAAAGGACAGAACAGUGUAGAAAUCAACAGCGAUGCAAUUCUUUGCAAUCUUCCUUCUGCAGAAGAAAGCAACCCCAUUCCCCACAAAGACCGGAAGUCCACUCUCCUUGUCUACACUCUGACCAAGGAACUGAAGCUGUUUGAUGUGAUGAAGGCUCAGCUGUGUGCCACACAGGGAAAGAAGGGUCUGACACAGGAACCAGCCAUACAGUUGCUAGAGGUAGGUCCAGGCCUUCAGAUAUGCGUCCACCACAACAGAGAUCCUGAAACGUGCUUCGUUGGGAAGAUAACUCAACAUGCCUCAAAAGAGAAAUAUGAUUCCCUGACAGAGUACGUCAACUCCUGGGAGCCACUCGUACUGUCUGAGUCAGCCUUGACCAGUGUGAAAGAGAGUGAGCUCCUCCUAAUUAGAGAUGUGGAGCUCCAAUGGCCGGAUUUCCAGCUCUGCACCAGCUCCUCUGGCGACACUUACUACGUAAUGAAGGAAAGCAACGAUGCAGACAAAAAUGGGGCUUUGAUGAGUCUUUCGACUGAAUUUACGCAAUUCUCCUUCUUCUACAACUUUAAAAUGUCAGUGGGAGACUUGGUGUGCAUGAGACUCAGUAGCAGUGAUCACCAGACAGAUAUGUGUUCCCACAUGGUAAUCCAUAGCGUGAAUUUGACCGAAGGCAUGGCACCAAAAGCAGACAUCUACAUGAAGUUUGUACUCAAAGAGUCCAACUACAUAAGCUUGCAGGUUCAUGAUAUGAUACUGGCAGGAGACGCUUCGUGUGAGAUUCAACUGAUCCAUUCAUCUUUGCCUCAGAGGGAACCUACAUCACUUCUUCAAGUAUGUAUAAUAUGGAGUGACAUGAAAUAA